AUGGAUAGUUAUGCUUCUAGUUCGUCUGGCUGCAGUAGCUGUUCUGGUCCAGAAAAAAGAGAGGAAAACGAGAAAGAAGGGAACUGUAUGGCGGAGGGCAAAGAAAACCAAAACAAAAAGGGAAAGAAAACGUCACUUAACCCAGAGAAGUGGAAAAAUAGGCAAGUGAAGCGGUUUAGAAAUCCUGGAAAAGCUUACACUUCUACAUCGAAGUCCAAGAAGCUAAUUUCAGAAAGGAACAUUUGUGGUCCAUGUGGCAAUAUAUGCACAUUGAAAUGCAAGUCGAAUGAAGCAGGUAGACAAAGCAUUUUUAAGGGCUAUUGCGGCAUGUUGGAUCUGCAACGACAGCGUGAAUACAUUGUUGACCAUACAAGCGCUAUCAAACCAAAAUAUCGCUAUACUACAACUGAAAAUCACCGGAACUUAAAUUCAGCAUUCUACUUUGAAGAAAAUGGUGAAAAGAUUAGGGUCUAUAAGAAGUUGUUCAAAGCAACAUUAGAUAUCAAUGAUCGGCCGAUUAGGACAGAUCUGGUGAAAAGAAAUGGAUCUGGGAAUGUUGAAAGUGAUAUGAGAGGGAAACAUGUACAUCAAAAGACCGUCGCUCCUGAAGUAAAAGACAGUGUAAGAAAGUUUAUAAAAGCGAUUCUCAGGAUAGAAUCACAUUACUUAGGAGCUCAAACGACACGAGAGUUUAUAGAAUGUGGAAAAAGCUUAGCAGAUAUUUAUCGCGAUUAUAAAGAAGAUCAGGAGAGACAACAACUGCCGUAUGCAAAUUAUGUUAUGUUUAACAGAAUAUUUAUCACCGAAUUCAAUAUUUCUUUUAUGUGA